ACAGGUUGGAUUCUCUCACUAAACUCUAGCUUUGAGACACUUCCCUCUCUAGAAACUAACUUGGGCGUCGGAGGAUUAACGGGCCCUGGAGCCCCCUCUGUGUUCGUGUGUGCAGACAGGCGUCUUACAAGAGAGGGUUCGUGAGUGCCGUACAAGGGUAACGUGUCACAAACAAUUGGCGCGCCAGAUAGGGGAAUAUAACCAGGAGUCAUGAGUGAAGAGGCGCCGAUGAAUGAAGAAAGAGAGGAAAUUAUAGAGGAGCAAUCGGAGCGGAUGAGAGGGCAGACGCCCGAGAUGGAUGAAGGCGAGGAAAGUGACGGCAUGUUUCGGGGGUCUGGAGGCGCCUCGGUCACAAAAAAAGAAUUGUUCAGGAUCAUCGAGGAUCAGGACGAGGCGAUCGAGGCGCUGCGGCGGGAAGUGGACGCCUUGAAGAGGAGUGAAAGGAUGACGCCCAGCCCGACGAAGAAAAGGGAAAGAAUGGAGGAGACGGAAAGUGAAUCAGGGUGUCUGAGGCGCCCAAGUUUGUGGCGCCCACGUGAUCAUGGAGGGCCGGAUGCUAGCGGGUGGAAUGGAGGAAUUUCGGGGCGCCUAUCACGCCACUGCCCCGUGAGGCAGCCUUUGGCACGUUGCAUACUGUCGGAGCCCGCCGGAACCAACAUCCCCUCACUCCCUGCCUAUGACGGGACCAGAGAUCCCGAGGACCACCUUAACGGGUACUUCACCAAAAUGCAACUCUACAACAGCACAGACGCCACCCUGUGCAAGGUAUUCCCGUCCACCUUUUCAAGUGUGGUCCUCGACUGGCAUCAUCAGAUCAAAGAGGGGCGCAUCGAUUGCUUCGAACAGUUCGCAGCGAUGUUCUUAGCAAAGUUUGCCAGCAGGAAGCGGCGCUCCUUGACCAUAGGCACCCUAUUCAAGGUCAGGCAAAAGGAAGGAGAGGCAUUGAGAGAGUUUUACGAGAGGUGGCUAUCCGUGGCCCUAGAAGUGAAAGACGCUCAGCCGUCAGUGCUGGGAGUGUGUCUGAAUGAGUGCACCUCCAGUGAGGAGUUGUGUAGGUAGCUCGCAAAGAGAGACGUGGUAUCCACAGAGGAUCUGGAUCACAGAGUGCAAAAGGUGAUCAUGCUGGAGGAAACAUUAGCGGCCAGAAGGGCGGACCGGAGAAAGAAAAGAGUGGAGGAAGC